GGAAGACUCUCCCGGGAACGGCUGAGGUUCCUGUCAUUUUUGAGUCCGUCCGUUGUCAUCAUGGCUCUGCCGCCGUUCUUCGCUCCGGGUCGUCCGGGCCCGCCGCCUCCGCAGCCGCCGCCUCCCGCUCCCUUCGGCUGUCCGCCACCACCGCUGUCCUCCUCGGCUUUCCCACCGCCUCUUCCCCAGCGGCCUGGCCCCUUUUCGGGGGCCUCCGCCCCCUUCCUCCAGCCCCCGUUGGCUCUGCAGCCCCGGGCCCCCGCGGAAGCCUCCCGCGGCGGUGGCUGUGGUGGCGGCAGCGGCGGCGGAAACUUCUACCCUGUGCCGCCACCACCGUUGCCUCCGCCGCCACCCCAGUGCCGGCCCUUCCCAGGGUCCGACGCUCGCGAGCGCCCGCGGCCGCCACCUCCGGGCCCGGGGCCGCCCUGGAACCCGCGCUGGCCUGAGGCGCCGCCGCCGCCCGAUGUGCUCGGGGAGGCGGCUCUGCAGCGCCUGCGCGACCAGCAGUGGCUGGAGGCGGUGUUCGGAGCCCCGCGGCGAGCUGGCGGCCCGGCGCCUCCGCGCGCGCCCGCCGGGCCUAGCCUAGGCGAAGUUCGCGCGCGGCUGCGCGGGGCCCUGCGCCUGGUGCGGCGGCUGCGGGGCCUGGGCCGGGCCAUGAGCGAGGCCGAGGCAGACGGCGCGGCAUGGGCUCUGCUGCACGCCCAAGCCGCGCCGCUGCGCGCCGAACUGGCCGAGAGGCUACAGCCGCUGACCCAGGCGGCCUAUGUGGGCGAGGUGCGGCGGAGACUCGAGAGGGUUCGGCGCCGCCGGCUGCGGCUGCGAGAGCGGGCCCGGGAACGCGAGGCCGAGCGAGAGGCGGAGGCCGCGCGGGCGGUGGAGCGUGAGCAGGAGAUUGACCGCUGGAGGGUCAAGUGCGUGCAGGAGGUGGAGGAGAAGAAGCGGGAGCAGGAACUCAAAGCUGCUGCUGAUGGCGUCCUGUCUGAAGUGAGGAGAAAACAAGCAGACACCAAAAGAAUGGUGGACCUUCUUCGGGCCUUGGAGAAAUUGAGGAAGCUGAGGAAAGAGGCUGCAGCGAGGAAAGGGGUCUGUCCUCCUGUCUCAGCAGAUGAAACUUUUGAGCAUCAUCUGCAGCGACUGAGAAGACUCAUUAAAAAACGCUCUGAACUGUAUGAAGCUGAAGAGAGAGCCCUCAGAGUUAUGCUGGAAGGAGAACAAGAGGAGGAGAGGAAAAGAGAAUUGGAAAAGAAGCAAAGAAAAGAAAAGGAGAAAAUUUUACUUCAGAAGCGUGAAAUUGAGUCCAAGUUAUUUGGGGAUCCAGAUGAGUUCCCACUUGCUCACCUCUUGCAGCCUUUCCGACAGUAUUACCUCCAAGCUGAACACUCCGUGCCAGCGCUCAUCCAGAUAAGGCAUGAUUGGGAUCAGUACCUGGUGCCAUCUGAUCAUCCCAAAGGCAACUCCGUUCCCCAAGGAUGGGUCCUUCCUCCGCUCCCCAGCAACGACAUCUGGGCAACCGCUAUUAAGCUGCAUUAGUAAAGAUGCUCCAGGAGUGUGGUCCAGCCAAGGCCCGUUCCAGCUCUAAAUAUUAGAGAUGCUGCCAUCGUCUUAUGCUUGACUAACCCAGAACCUUUGAACUCUGUGGCUUCACCCUACCCUGAAACUGUGUUUCCCUUCUGUGCUCUGUCCUGGCCAGAGGUGCCUCUUGAAUCAGGAGAUUAAUAUGGUUCUUCAGGAAAGGACCUAGGUGAACUGUGGUUAACUGGUAACACAGUCAGUGGCCUUUGUUCCCCAGAUUUGCCUCUGUUUUGAGGGGCUUGGUCCAGAGUGACUUGGUAAUUGACUCUAACUUCCUUGUGUGGUGAUGGUUAAGUACUCACAUACACUCAAUAUGGGUGUGUGCUGGCUGGAUUUAGCUGCCCUCAUGCGCUAAAGGCAAGGUUGAUGCAAAAUUUCCUUACCUUCUACCCAGAGAGCCCUCAUAAUUUCCAGGAAGAAAGGUGAAAAAAAUGCUCUUUAUCUGUAGUUUUGUUAAUCCCUCCUUUGGUGCAGCUUGGGAGGCUGCUGCUAAGGAAGAUGGCAUUUGGCUGCAGGCUGAGCUGCCAGAAAAGACUGUGGCCUAGCUUGGUAUCCAUAUUGAGAGCUUAGAAAACCUGAAGGAGUACCUGUGCCCAAAUUUGAUCGUGAUUAAACAGACAGUGGCUGGAUUUUCCCCAAGUUAGAAGGGUUCUAAUGAAAGCACCUGUUUUUUAAGUUCCUGGGGGUCUGGCUCAGAACCCUUAAGGACAGAAAUGUAUUCCUCUAUAGGAGCAGGACUUUAACCUCACUCAGCUGUACUGGAGGAGCUGGUGGAGCUGUGACAUCUUGUUAGGGAUUCAGGCUUCCCAAAAGCACCCAUGUAGUCAAAGACCCGUUAUCGUGGAGUCAAUGCCGAUUUCAUAGCAACCCUAUAGGACAGAAUAGAACUGCCCCGUAGGGUUUCCAGGGAGUAGGUGGUGAUUUCGAACUGCCAACCUUUUGGUUAGCAGCCGAAUGCUGAACAGCUGUGCCACUAGGGCGCCCAUGUAGUCAAAGCUGGAGAGAAAUCAGAUAGAAAAUAAUAAAAUUUAUUUUUUCAUGAAUAAAUGCUAUGCCUGGAAA